CUUAGGGUGAAUUAGGUGAGAGUGUGAGACUACCGGUCGACUAUUUACAAUUUACAAAAGAAACAGUCGGGAGAUCUUUCUCUGGGCAGCACACAAAGGAAAAAAAGAAGUGGCUGACCUGCUGAUCUACGUCUGCUUGUUAGGGUUUUGAUAUUUCGCGCGAGAAGAUGGGAAGAGAAAUGGCUCCGCAACUCGAUAGGAUUGCUCUGGAGAAUAGGCCUGGUAUCUUUGUCAUUGGAUCCUCCAACGUUGGCAAGCGGACACUUCUCUCCAGGCUUCUCUCUGUGGAUUUUGAAGAUGCCUUUGGUUCUUCAUCCGAACUAUUUUUCCAUGGGUGGACUAUUGAUACAAAGUAUUAUACAGCUGAUGUUUCUGUAUGGAUGGCUCAUCUUGAUGAGGAGUUUUCUGUUGGGAUGUGGCCAAUAUCUAAUCAGUUGGCUGCCCUGGUGAUGGUUUUUGACACGAGCGAUCUAGCAUCUUUUACCGCUCUCCAGCACUGGGUUUCUCGCAAUGAUAUUCAGAAGUUUGACAUAUUAUUAUGCAUUGGAAACAAAGUAGAUCUUUUACCUGGUCACUUUGCUCAUACUGAAUAUAGAAGACACCUGCAGAAGCGUGGAGAAUCUUUUAGUGAUCCACAUGCAGAGUGCUUAGAUUAUGGAAUUCUAGAAACUGAGGGUAGUAGUUUGCUGGGGGAUGAAGAGCCCUCAUGGGAGAUUAGGAGAUCAUGUCUGGAAUGGUGCUGUCAAUACAACAUUGAGUACAUUGAGGCUUGUGCAUCUAAUGCUGAUUUUGACAGAUGUUUGUCAGUUAAUGGUGAUUCACAAGGAGUUGAGAGACUCUAUGGGGCUCUUUCUGCUCAUAUAUGGCCUGGGAUGAUCCUUAAAUCUGGCAGUAAGAUAGCUGAACCAUGCCCAUUUGAGAAAGGAGAUUUAUCAGAAGAAGAGUCCGAUUAUGAGAUUGAGUAUGAAAUCUUGUCUGCGGGUUCAGCCGAACCUUGGGAUGAAACAGAAGUAUGGGUCUCUGCAGAUGGUUCAAGUACAAAUACUGAUAAAGAAAUACUGGUUACACAGACCAUGGCAGUUGGAGAACAUGAUCGAGAAAAUAAAGUGAAUGGAAAUGAUGGGCUGCAACUUUCAACAUCUGAACCUUAUCUGGAGGCAGUUUCUGAACGGAAAGUUUGGGUCUGUGCGGAUGGUGCAGGUACGGAUACAGAUCCGGAUAAAGGAGAACCGAUUACCAAGAGUGUAGCAGUUGAAGAACACAAUCAAGAACAUGAAGUGAAUGAAAAUAGGGAUGAGCUGCAGCCUUCAACAGCUGAGCCUCUUUCACAACAAGUUUCUGAAAAGGAGCUGACAACUGAAUCCAAAGAAACUGAAAAUAUCGUGAUGGCAGACGAUGGAACUCAUUUGGGGUUGGAAGAUUUGGAACAGUUAAUGUCUGAAAUUGGGAAUAUGCGUGCCAGCUUACGGUUGAUGCCCGAUUUCCAAAGGAGGGAAAUGGCUGCAAAGUUAGCUAUGAAAGUGGCUGCCAUGUUUGGGGAUAGCAGUGGCGAUGAAAACGAUUUUGACUGAAAACUAAGCAACUGUAACCUAAUCACCCAUAUGUGAUGGAUAAUCAGCUUUGAAUCCCUUGGAAGUGAUAAUCCGAGUAUAUUUAACAAGCAAUUUUUGUUUGCAUGAUUGGUCAAGCAGACGAGAUUCCUAUAAAUUCAUUGGAGUCGAGGAGCUUAUCUUCUGGAGAAAUUGUGUGGAGAGUAAUUCAAAUGUGGCGCGUUUGCAUUUUCUAAUAAUCACUCAUUUGACUUACAGGGGCCUGUUAUGAGGAGGAAUUGUGGUCGAGGCAACCACAAAGGAUAAAUAUAUGGAAUGCCUGGUAGACCUGUUCAUGGCCAGGCUCGGGCUUAGUUUUUGCCAAAAUUUGACUGGACCCUGUCGAAGUCCUAGCCCAAAGCUGUAUAAAAUGUUCAUGGGCCAAGCUUGAAGCCCAGCCUGUGAACAGUCUAGUGCUGUGCCUAGGGGUGAAACUUGAAGAAAAUUGCAGAUUUGCAGCUGUAGCCGAGAUAUCUGGCAUGGAUUCUCACGAAAAAAAAAAGAGCUGUAGUUAAGAACCUUGUUCUAUAUAUUAAAUGUCGUUGCUGGUGUUGAAUAGCACUUUCGUCAA